UUUGCCUUUAAAAAAGUUGCUAUUAUUACAAAAUUACCUUACACGUUACACAACUUUUCUAAUUAGUCCAAAGCAAUAAAGAGAAGAUGUUUGAUAAUUUCCACAACAAUCAGACUGUGGCACAAGAGCCCCCACCUCCUAAGAAAGUGCUUAGAUGUGACAAGAGCUAUGUCACAACUAUACCAGGAAUCCUGAAAGUUGUUCAAGUGUGCUGCAACAUAAUAGGCUUCAUCUGUAUCAAAGUGAGCUGGUCAUGGGUAUCGGCAAUAUUCUACAACAUAGUAUACUGGAUUGGAAACAUUCUGACUAUUCUACUUCUUCUCGCAUACACUUGUCAUUUUGUUGAGAAGUAUGACCACUGGCCUUGGUUCAAAUAUGAGUUCUUCUACUGCAGUAUUAUGGCCUUAGCUUAUGUUGUGUGUUCAAUAUUUGCUGCUACCAUUGGGGAAAGUGUUGGAUAUGCUGUUGUUUUCUUUGGAUUGGUGGCAACCUGUGCCUAUGGAUUUGAUGCUUACCAAAAAUACAAAGGAUGGAACAGGGGUCUGCCACCACAAUGAAAAUUUAAAGACUGCAAAUAACUGACUGACUACUUUAGCAAACAUACACAAUGCAAAAUGAGGAUUACAAUACACACAUUGUGUAUUAAUUAUCAUUCUGCUAGUGUUGUGUUUGGGUGGUUUUUUUUUGACUUUAUAAUUACUAAUUUAUUUAAAAAACUUAAGAUAAAUAACCAAGUUAUUUAAUUACUUGAGAUUAUCUUAUACAUUCUUAAAGUUGGGGUUAAAUUAUAACAAUAAGGUGUUAUUAUUAAAGUUAACAUUAUUAGAGCUUAUUCAAUAUUGGUGCUCUAUUUUGAGAGUUUUAAAAUUAAAGCUUAAAUCUAAGUAAAACGUGCCUUAAUGUUAAAGGAGCAUUUUAUUCACCUAAUUAUUAAAUUAUUUGAUUAUUUGUGGUCAUCACAUGUCCUAGGUAAUAUCUAAACCUAUACUAGUAAUUGUUGUUGUUGUUGUUUUAGUAAUCUUAGGGUAUCCCGCUGGUACAUCAAGCCCUCAAAAGUUGUCUCCGCUUGACCCUGUCUUGCACUUGAAUUAAUAUAUAAUUGAACCUAUAAUUGAUAAUAUGUAAUACACAAUAUAGAAGUUUUUACAGCAUAUUCCUAUACUAUAUACCAGUGUUUAAUAAUCGUGUAAGUAACUUUUUUUUCUGAAAAAGUUUU